UUUCUGUUUGACAGUCAUUGAUAGCGCAUGCGUACACUCCACGCUAAGUGACGUGGCUUAAAUGACGGGUGUAAUAUUGUUAACAACUUUUUCACGAAAUAUAAUAAAUAUUGUGCAAAUAAUGAUAAAAUUAUAAUGUAUUAAAUCUAAAUCGUGUGUUUAUCAAAUAAAUUUAAUUAUUCAUUUAUCAAUUAUAAUAGUUUCAUAAAUAAAGUAAUUAUUUUAAAGAAAUGACGACGUACGAGGAUUUUAUUCAACAAAAUGAAGAUAGAGAUGGGGUUAGAUUUACUUGGAAUGUCUGGCCUUCAUCAAGAGUUGAAGCUACCAGACUGGUUGUACCUUUAGGAACACUUUAUCAACCUAUUAAAGAACGUUUGGAUCUUCCACCAAUUCAAUAUGAUCCAGUUUUAUGUACUAGAUCUACUUGUAGAGCUAUCCUAAAUCCUAUGUGUCAAGUAGAUUAUCGUGCAAAAUUAUGGGUAUGCAAUUUCUGCUUUCAAAGGAAUCCGUUUCCUCCUCAAUAUGGUGCUAUUUCUGAACAACAUCAGCCUGCUGAGCUUAUUCCAAUGUUUUCUACGAUAGAAUAUACUAUCACAAGAGCACAAUGCAUGCCACCAAUAUUUUUAUUGGUCGUUGACACAUGUAUGGAUGAGGAAGAAUUAGGAGCUCUUAAAGAUUCUCUUCAAAUGUCUCUAUCUUUGCUACCGCCCAGUGCCCUUAUAGGUUUGAUUACUUUCGGUAAAAUGGUUCAAGUUCAUGAGUUAAGUUGUGAAGGAUGCAGUAAGAGUUAUGUAUUUAGAGGUACAAAAGAUUUGCAGCCGAAACAAGUUCAAGAUAUGCUUGGAAUUGGAAGACCUGUUCCAGGUCAAGCUCAACAACGAACUCAAACCGGACAACCUUUACCACCAGCAAAUAGAUUUUUACAACCUGUUCACAAGUGUGAUAUGAGCUUAACAGAUUUAUUAGGCGAAUUACAACGAGAUCCAUGGCCUGUUGGUGUAGGAAAAAGACCUCUACGGUCUACAGGAGUGGCUUUAGCUGUUGCUACAGGAUUGCUGGAAGCUAGUUAUGCCAAUACUGGUGCGCGAAUCAUGUUGUUUGUUGGUGGUCCAUGCUCUCAAGGUCCUGGUCAAGUUGUUACUGAUGAUCUUCGUCAACCAAUUCGAUCGCAUCAUGACAUUCAGAAAGAUAAUGCAAAACAUAUGAAAAAAGCAACUAAACAUUAUGAUUCCUUGGCUGCUCGUGCUGCUGUUAAUGGUCAUAUUAUUGACAUUUACGCAUGUGCCUUGGAUCAAACUGGUUUACUUGAAAUGCGUCAAUGCUGUAAUUCCACUGGUGGGCAUAUGAUUAUGGGUGACUCAUUUAAUUCUACUUUAUUUAAACAAACAUUCCAACGCGUUUUCGCUAAAGAUCCCAAAAAAGACUUGAAAAUGGCCUUUAAUGGAACUCUAGAAGUAAAAACAUCACGGGAACUUAAAGUUUCUGGAGCUAUUGGUCCUUGUGUCUCUCUGGGAGUCAAGGGGCCAAGUGUAGGAGAUCAAGAAGUAGGCUUAGGAGGUACUUGUCAAUGGAAAUUUUGUUCAUUAACUCCUUCUACAACAACAGCAUUAUUCUUCGAGGUUGUGAAUCAACAUGCAGCACCCAUUCCGCAAGGUGGAAGAGGCUGUAUUCAAUUUAUCACUCAGUAUCAACAUAGCAGUGGUCAACGAAGAAUAAGAGUAACUACAGUAGCUAGAAAUUGGGCAGAUGCUUCAACUUCUUUACAUCACAUAAGUGCAGGAUUUGAUCAAGAAGCUGCCGCUGUUUUGAUGUCAAGAUUAGCUGUAUUCAGAGCUGAAAGUGAUGAUGGACCUGAUGUACUUCGUUGGGUUGAUAGAAUGUUGAUUAGACUUUGUCAGAAAUUUGGGGAAUAUGCUAAAGAUGAUCCUAAUAGCUUCAGAUUGGCUGAGAAUUUUUCUCUGUAUCCUCAAUUUAUGUAUCAUCUUCGUAGAUCUCAAUUCCUUCAAGUAUUUAAUAAUUCUCCAGAUGAAACAAGCUUCUAUCGACACAUGUUAAUGCGAGAGGAUCUAACAAACUCUCUGAUUAUGGUUCAACCAAUUCUUUAUAGCUACGGAUUCAAUGGCCCUCCUGAACCAGUACUGUUAGAUACAUCUUCGAUUCAACCUGAUAGAAUCCUUCUCAUGGAUACUUUCUUCCAGAUUCUUAUUUUCCAUGGAGAGACAAUAGCACAAUGGAGGCAGCUCAAAUAUCAAGAUUUACCCGAAUAUGAAAACUUCCGUCAAUUAUUAGCAGCACCGGUUGAUGAUGCAGCUGAAAUAUUAGCCGGGAGAUUCCCAGCUCCUCGUUACAUUGACACAGAACAAGGUGGUUCCCAAGCUCGAUUCUUGCUGAGCAAGGUUAAUCCAAGUCAAACACAUAACAAUAUGUAUGCGUAUGGAGCGGGGAUGCCGUUACCAAGUGGGGAAAGUGGAGCACCUGUGCUUACGGAUGAUGUCAGUCUUCAAGUAUUUAUGGAGCACUUGAAGAAAUUAGCCGUUUCAUCAACUGCUUAAAAAUAAUUGCAGUAUGAAAUUUACUAUAAAAUGAUAUAAAUAUUAUAUUCCUCUUACAAAAAAUACAAUUAAUUAAUUUAUAAA